AUGUACAAAUUUAAACCCUUUGCAUUUGAUCAACAUGAAAUAAAAAGAUCAGAAAUAUUGAGAAGCAAAUCCGACACCAAAAUAAAUUGCGAUGACAAGUAUUUAUACAGUUAUUCAACAUACAGUGUUGACACACCCGAGGGUCUUGAAGAUAUUGCCGUGGAGGCAUGGAAGUUUCAUUUACUAACGCACCGGUGGACUCCGCUACAGAAUGUAGAAACUCAAUUAGUAGACAAUUCUUUUGAAGCUGGUUCCAUUUUCGACGAUGGUAAGCUGAUCUUACUCUUGAGAGCAGAAACUUCACCGCAGUUUUUUUAUUUGCUGCACUGGGAUUUGAGAAUAAAUGAACUCAAUAUCCGUAAGAUAAACAGACCGCUUCCAAAGAUGGGCUUCGACCCGAAAUUUGUCUGCCACAGCUUUCAUUUUUAUGCCAUCGGGAGUCAGAGUAAAGUAUUUUUCCAGCGGACUGAUGAUGCGCCUCAUAAAUAUUUUAAUAUCUACGAUGUCUUAAAAAUGGAUUUGAUAACUAAGAAAUGGGAGUUUGUUUAUUUGUGUCCUGAAAGCGACCCCUUUGAUUGGGAGAAAGACAAUCACUACGGCGACAUAUUUGCAUUUGAUGGAAAAAAAAUUUAUGUGCUUGAUAGCGAUGAAUCGUCAGAGGAACCUUUGAUAUCUCAUAGAAUUUUCGCAUUUGACUUGGAUUUGAAGCAGUGGGAUGAACUACAAGUUAAAGGAGACUUGGGAAAUGAUACAAGAAUUCCUAGAAUGCAUGGUGGUUUCAGUAUCACGCAGUACAGAGACGACAAGGGUGAUGUCAAUAGCGAAUUUAUGAUUGUAGAAAAUACCUCAAUAUUUUCUGCAUGGGUCUCAAUUCCAAAACUCGAAGAAAUAGCUUGGGAAGCAGCCAUGUACUCAUUCAAGCCGUUUGUGUUUGAUCAACACAGAGUAACGAGAAGAGAAUUACUAAGAAAAAAAACAGAUCCUAAAAGAAUUCUGUCAUUCGACUUGGAAACCAAACAAUGGGACGAUAUGGAGGUACACAGAGACUUGGAAAGUAAGCCAGGCAUCCCUUUCGACCGGGGCGAUUAUAGUAUCAUUCAGUACAAAGAUGAAAAAGGUGACAUUAAUGUUAUCUUAACUGGCGGUGAGACUGAUAAAUUUCUAUGCAACGAUAUAUGGAGGCUUAAUCUAAGAACGUUACAAUGGACUUGCGUGAGCAAAUUCGCUGGAGUGCUACCGUAUCGUAUGAGAAAUCAUGUCGCGGCUAUCACACCUGCUGGGAAAAUGUAUUUAGUUGAUGGUUGGGUGGUUGAAAAAAGAGGCGAGCUUAUUUUAAAAUGUUGA